UGCUCGUCUUUUCCGUCAGUGUGCCGUCCGCCGUCGGUCGAGAACCACGUGUUACCAGUGGCGUGUUGUGUUGCGUCGCGAGGGGUGGCUGUCGCGCGUCUCUUCGUACCACUCGCAAACAAUUGGGUGAUAAUCCGGCUGAGGGAUAAUCGACGGCAGCUCCGAAAAAAAUCACACGUGCGCGACGUGCCGCAGAGGUUUCUCAGGGAUGUCGCGGACGACACGCGUGGGACCUCGUCGAAUUUGACGCGCGACUCGCACAUGUCAGACUCCGUGAAACGGACGUAAAUAGAAAUAGAGUAGAAGAGGCGAUAAUUCAGGUUUUCUUUUCUAUUGUUUUUUUUUUCUUGUAAAACAAAGUUGAUCGCCCUGGACGCGUUUGCAGAAUCACGUUUCUAUUUCGAACAGGCAUGUUUAUUUCCCUAAUGUGCUCGUAAUCUUCUGAUAUAUGUGUGCGAGAUGUGUGGGGCGACGAAAUGACUUACGAAGAGAUGAAUGAAAAUUGUGACAGGAUUCUCUGACUCGGUGUUUCUCGCGAACGAUCUCUCGCGAUCGAUAAAAAAAACAUCUACGAUGAUUGUGUGAUCGGAUUCAUCAGUUCUUUCAAUCCUCCCUCGAAUCGAUUCCAGGUGGUUCACAAUUAUUGCUGCCCCAACGUGAUUGCAGGCCUUUGCGUCCCCUAGGUCGUUACUUGGACCGAUUCCAGGAAAACCCCCAAAUCUGUGGUGGUCCGACGUGAUUGAACAUCUCCACAGUCCUUUGGUUUUUAUACAUAUUGCGAUAGCUCACCAUCGACAAACUCGUGUCCGGAACGGUGAACCGGAAUUGCCCGAGUAAACCUAGAAUGUCUUCAACCUCGUCAGAGUUUUAUUGUCAACGUUUUAAUAAAUUAUCCUCAUAAAUCACUGACACGAUAAGCAUUUAUUUGGCACGAAGAUCGCACGACGUACUUGUAAUCGUGGCUGGACAUGUAGUGAUCGGACGUAAGAUUGUGUCGAUUUUGUAAUUAGGCCGGAUGGAUGAGAGCCAGGAGCCGAUUAUUAUCGCGAAGGUACAGUGUCGUGCCGCGCAACGCAAAUGAUGAAAGUAAAACUUUAUGCGAAGGCGAUACUAUCUGUACAAUGGACAAUUUAACACCGUAAAUCUGGAGACUGUGUCCGAUCGUAACUACGUUUAUAUCACUGGUCUUCGUUGUUCGUUGCCCGAGUUUGAAAAAUCGAACAUUUGCCUCUGGCGGAUCGGUGGGAGAACGCUCUCCGGAUCUUUCUUAGUUCCUCCUUCAUUCGACAACGACGUGGUGAACUGUUCCUCGAAUCGUACCGUAACCGUGACGUGAAGAUUCCUGGUACCAUGGUGAACGCUACGGGUUAUCGGCGGUGGCGGCACCUGGAUAGACCGGAAGCGCAAGAGAUUUUCCACCGUCUCGGAGAUUAUCAUGCUCGUACCGCGCUUUAAUAACGAACAGUCGUGAAACGGGAAGCGAGGGAGGAAGGAAGGACAGAGGGAGAAAAGGGGAGGAAAAAAAGAGAAGCUGUGCGCGCGGUGAGAGAAUGUGCGGUACCGCUGGUGCUUUAAUUAGCUUUAAUUAGAGACGAAAAACAGGGCACAGUAGUGGGCACCGGAAGCUCUUUAUUGCCGGUAGAUCGGCGAUCGCGCUUCGGAGCCGGGGAUUCGACACGGACGACGGGGGAUGCGCUCGGCGAGUGGUUACCUUAAGUGGAAUCGAAAGAAAACAUCUAUCGCCGACUACUCGUCGUUACAUCUCGUCGCUACGCGUCUUUCGCGAAUUUCGAGAAACGCGAGGGUGUGCGGAGCUAAUUGGUGGUGAUCGCCGAUCGCGAGUACAGAUCGCCUCUUAUGACUCCAACUCGAACGAGAAGGGGAAAGGGGCGCCGGUCGAGCUGAUGAUCGUGGCGUAAGUGCCUGCGAGUGUGAUUCGGUGACUGUUGAAACGAUGACUUAACGUGGGUGACACGACGCGAACACAGUCGGCUCGUAAACGAGUUGACCAGAUCGGGAGCAGAUCGGUUGUGCUGGGGUUGGAAAGAGAGAGAAAGAGAGAAAAGGGAGUGUGCGUAUUCCUCGCACGACGUUAUUACGUUGCGCGUAAUCUUUUCCCACUCCGAGGAUUUGCGCGGAAGAACGAGAGAACAUGUGGAGUGUAGUGCUGCUGUUCCUCGGACUAAUGAAGGCUGCCUCAUACGUUGCUGGGAGCGGUACCACCGCGGUCGACGAGAAAUCUGUUCCAUUGGUGAACGUCAGCGUGGUCGAAGGGAGGCCUGCCGAGUUGCCGUGCGACAUAACUCCCCCCGGCGAAGACACGCUGCACAUGGUUUUCUGGUUUAAAGACGAAGCCGGAGUACCGCUGUACACAAUCGACGCACGAGAGAAGCCGGUAACAAAAGCGCAGCACUCAUCGGACUCCGGCGUUUUCGGUCCGCGCGCCUUUUUCCGGACAUCCUUUCCGAGCCCAGCGGUCCUGGUGAUCGACGAUAUAAAGCGGCACGACGCGGCGACCUACAGAUGUAGAGUGGAUUUUCGGAAGGGCCAGACUCGCAGCUUCCGAUAUAAUUUGACCGUGAUCGUUCCACCGGAGCAGCCAACCAUUUUGGAUCGAUGGGGCCGCAUCUUGAACGGCACAGCUGGCCCUUAUGAGGAAGGCGAUACACCCUAUCUCACGUGUCGCGUCACGGGCGGUAAGCCGCAACCGAUGGUCAGAUGGCUCAUAAACGGCCGAGUGAAAGAUGAGGAAUACGAAAACAAUGCUGGUGAUGUGAUCGAGAAUAGGUUAACGCUGCAGCCCAUCAGCCGUUCUGAUCUCGGUUCGAAUUUUACCUGUGAAGCGCGCAACACGGACUUGGUGGAUUCGAAGGAGACAUCGAUUUCUCUGGACCUCAAUCUGAAACCUCUAUCUGUGAUCAUAAGAAGACCGGGUAGGAAAGGAAUUGGCAACGAAUCCCUCCUAGCGGGGAAGCGGUACGACAUGGAGUGCGAGACCACUGGUUCAAGGCCACCCGCGGUGAUAACCUGGUACAAGGGUCGGAGAAGACAGCUGAAGCACACGACGGAGGAAAGAUCCGAGAAUCGAACCGUCAGCACGGUGGAGUUUGAGCCGGGUGUGGAGGAUCAUGGGAAAUCUAUCACCUGCCGAGCAGAGAAUCCAAACGUGACCGGACUCUUCGUCGAGAAGUCCUGGAAGAUCGACGUCGUAUAUCCGCCGAUAGUAUCGUUAAACCUCGGAUCGACCCUAAGCCCAGAGGACAUUAAAGAAGGGGAUGACGUGUACUUCGAGUGCCACAUUAGAGCCAAUCCUCCCUGGUCCAAGCUCGUCUGGAUACACGAUAAUCAAAUUCUGGCGCAUAACACGUCGGCGAGGAUCAUCUGGUCGAAUCAGAGCCUCGUUUUGCAAAGUGUGACGAGAAGCAGCGCUGGCCGCUAUGUCUGCGCAGCAACGAACGCCAUGAAUGAGACGCGCAGCGAACCACUGCACUUUCGAGUUAAAUUCGCCCCGGUGUGCAAGGAGGACCGAAUUAUAGUGGUCGGCGCGUCGCGGGGCGAGUCGCUCGACAUCGCCUGUAGGGUCGAGGCCGAUCCGCCGGCGCACAAUUUCCGGUGGAAAUUCAACAACAGCGGCGAGACCCUGGAGGUAGCACCUGCUAGGUUCUCCAUGGAGAAGUCGAGCGGCGUCAGCGUGCUGAGAUACACACCGUCCACCGAGCUGGAUUACGGUACCCUCUCGUGCUGGGCGGACAAUCUCGUCGGUACCCAGUCGAGACCAUGUCUCUUUCAACUGGUAGCAGCCGGAAAACCUUUUCCGGUGCGCAACUGCACCCUGGCGAAUCAGACGUACACCAGCGUGGAGGUGAGGUGCGUGCCGGGAUACGACGGCGGGCUACCGCAGAAAUUCGUCCUCGAAGUUUAUCACGGCGACAUCGACUAUCUAGCCAGCAGCCAGCCCCUCUACAACGUCUCCAACCCGGACGAGCCAGCUUUCGCCCUCGCCGGACUGGAGGCCUCGGUCGAGGCCGGGGUCCACGUGGCGGUUUACGCCGUCAACGCCAAGGGUCGGAGUCAACCCGUCAUCCUCAGCGAGGUCACGUAUCGCGAUGCCGAGAAACGCACCGGUCAGGACGCCGGCAUUGUGUUGUCGCCGCUGAUAGGCGUGGUGGUUGGCGCUCUGGUGACUCUGGUGCUCAUCAUCCUGGUAGUGGUGGUCAGAGUACGUCGGGAACGCGUGGCAAAACCGCGGCACGAGAAACCGGCGGAACUCAGCGAGUUACCGCCUCAACAAUACCCCUUGCAGAAUUCUCAGCAGACCGUGGAGACUGAUCCCGACGUGAUCCCGAACAAGUUCGAGGGUAACCUCGUGGAGGUCAGCCCGCCGAGUUACCCGGGUGGUUAUCCCCCGGGACACUGGGUCACGCCCGGACCUACACCAAGCAUAGACGAGCUUUGCCACAAGUUCACGGGGAGGCCGACGGAGCUGAGGUUACCGUCGAGGAGCACGAUACCGAAUCUGCCGGGGAUGCCGGUGACGGGGUUGAUGGUGGGCUCCGGUCAGGGCGUCGUGAUCGGCGGCGCUCAGGGUGUCGUCGUGGGUGGUGGGCAGGGCGUCGUCGUGGCCGGCGAGUGUCUCGACGGUGAGGCGAUCAAACGAAGACUGAUGGCGAACAGGCUGCCGGAGAGCUGCGUCUAGAAGCUUGGUUCGUCCACAGGUGCCAGCCGAUGGUACCGUCGUCGUCGUCGUCGUCGUCGUCGUCGUCGCCGAUCUGACAGCGUUCAAGAACACGGCUGUCGCGUGCGCCGCCGCCGCGCCGAUCGGAGGCCGACACGAGAUCCCGGCGAAAGGCGAGGCUCGAACGUACGUGCUCGAGUGUACUCGUCGCGUAUUCAAGAACGAUUUCGAGGUCGCGCUCCCCGAGGAAGCGUUCUCGUAGUCCGUUUUCGUGACAGCCGUCUGUUAGCUUUAACGUGUUUGCUAACGAUCCUCCGGCGCGAUCGAGACUCGUUCGACGAAAGGAGUUUGAGGAGAGAACUCGCUAGUCGGGGCGAUCAAUAGGACGCCCGGGGAUACGUUACGUGUCGAAGAUCGACAUAUUACGUUUCGCGAACGAUUGAUUUCGCUCGAGUCCGGUGGCGAUCGAUCGGGGGCGACAGGGGAGCGAGUUCUCACGCGCAGCGCGCCGCGACUCAUUCGCAGAAUGGUCCGCGAGAUAGAGAGACACCGUCCGUCGCGAUUGUUUCCGAAACACGAUCGCACGAGAGAGAGUUUUCCCCCGUCGGGAAAAUCGGGAGGGAAGGGAAGGCGGAAGUAUGCGGAGAAGUUAACCGAAAACUCGUCCAAGUUUCCCCGCCCCGCCUCGGGAGGUAUUGCCAAGUUCUAACAUUCUGUUUUCGGUCGCCGACUUAACCGUCUUUGCCCCCCUUUUUGUUCCAAACCGGAUGAUCUUCGACGGUGUGUCUUCUCGAAUAUUUCUCCAAGUUCGCUUCUCUUCUUUAUGGCGGCUGCGAACCAUAAAGAGAGAGAACGGGAAAAUCGAAUCGCGAAUUGCGAGAGCUGCUCUCGGAUUGAACGCCGAAUUUCAAAUACGUCUUCGAGAAGCAUCUCGAUGAGGGAACGUCAAAAUCUGUCUGUGUGCCCCUCUUUAUUCCAAUUCCAUUUUUCGAAUUUUAUCCCACAGAAUGAAUUUUUAUUUUAUAGAUAUGUACAUUCGGUAUAAAAACAAUUCUAUUUUUUUUCUCUUUUUUUUUUAUUUUUAGCCAAUUAUAUUUAUUUUGCUAUAUAUAUUUUUUUUUCAGCCCGGGGUGAUUUUUCACCGGACGCAUUAAUCUUUUGUUCGUUAUUAUUCCUCUCUUUUUUUAUUUGUUGCACAUACACACACACACACACAUACACACAUACACACAUAUAUAUCUCCCUGCGAAACCUCGCUAGCAUCUCGCAACGUCCCUAAAUAAAUCCGAAUCCUACGAACGAAACGUUGGUCCGGAAGCAUCAGGCCGUGAAACACGAAGAAAGAUAAAAGGCUCUCGAACGAACCCCUUUUCCGAUGGCUCGAAUGAAGACGAAUGGAGGAACCGCGCGAAAAUAUACCGGGGUUAGAGGAGGAGCCGCCGAGAAGAAGUCGGUCGCGAGGAGGGCGGGAGGGAAACGCGGAAUGAAAGGAAGAAAGGGAAUGCUCGAUGCCACUUUGGCGUGUAGUUCGAAGGCGUGAAAUGCGGUUUUAAGGUUGAACGAUCAGCUCCGAUAUCGCGAUAAAGCGAGAGAAUGGGGGAGGGGUGGGAAACGCGGGCGUCGAUAUCCUGUUUAAAUUCUUCGAAUUCGAUAUUUUUGGGCACAACUUUCGCAUAUCGUAAUACCGACAACGCCGAACGCGGUCGAUGAUAUUUACGUUCGCGCGAUAUUACGGACGUGAGUAACGAUAACGAUAUUAAAAUUCAAGGAAAUUCCCCGAGAUGAAAGGGGAAAGCGCUCAUGUCGAGCGCGUCUUACAUAUCGAAUCUCGAGAUCGCAUCGAUCGCGUAGAUCCAUCCCACUGCCGCCGCCGUGCCGUUCAAUUUUUACGAUCUCGAGUAAAAACAAUUAAAUUAACGGCCAGCUGAGAGAAGAGGCCAAACCCCCUCGUCCCAAUGUCUCGAGAGGGAUGAAGACCGAACCACGUACAAAGUGGAAGCGAUUCUUACGGAAACAAAACCAGGCGCAUAUUACACUCUAUUGGUAAUUGUGAUAGAGCAUUUAUAAAUUUUUCUACCGCUGAUAUGAGUUUUCUGUACUCCCCGCCGAAUGAUGAAAAAAAAAAAAAAGAAAUAUUGCCCUUGCGAGACUCGGACGCUCUCAAACGUUCUGGAAGCGUUCUCACCGAGAUGUAGGUGCGUGUAUGUGUGUGUAUGUGUACGCGUGUGUGUAAAUAUAUACAUAGUUCUAACAGGUCCUUCGUCAAAUCGUUAUUCGCGUUCGAUUGCGACGAGAGAAAGAAAUUGAGAAUGAAAGAGAAAGAGAAAGAGAGAGAGAGAGAGACGAGAGGGACAUGGCGCGAUAACGUUCGCGACGUUCUAUGCGUUCUCGCGCGAAGAAAGCUUCACUCUAUAAGAUUUUGCAAAAACUGGUCUUCCACGUGACACUUCGCGACGAAGUCGUGAAACUUCUACGGCGAGAAUGGAACUAACGAAUCGACGAAAAGCGUAUCCCUAAUGGAAACGGUGUAACGCGAACUUUACCCGUGGAAAAGUUUGCGCUCGCUUUGGAUGAUCGAUAGACUCGUAAUGUGUAAAAAAAAAAACAGAAAAAAGAAAAAAGAUAAGAGAGAAAGAGAGAGCGUGUGAUGGACCGAGGAAUGAAUAACGAGUGUCGCGUCGGCGACGCGAAGUAGUCGCUCUCCUCGGAAUACGAGAGGCGAAUAACGUCGAAUCAAUCGUCGAGUGUGUCUGUGUGUACGUGUGUGAGUGGAUGUUUCGAUGUGUAUAAAGAGAUAAUGGUCAAGUACGAAGGUUGCUCGUUAGCUAAUGUAUUGUUGUAUAUAUUAUCACGGGAGAGUCUAACGAUAGGUUGACAACGUUCAAGUUUUCGAGAGGAAGAGAUAAGUUCGGCGGGACGACCUGUCGAGAGCGCCUCGUUUAACUUUCCGCCUCCCGCCCGCGCGGGUGGCCGGAAACGUGGCAAUUGUUUUCCAUCGACGUUUCACGUUUGACACGGAAGUCGCCCGACAACGCGCUCCACCGAGAUCUCUUUCUCAAGCAAAGUUGCGCCCCUCGUGUCGUCGCGGCGUCGCAAUAUAUAUGUAUAUUUUUUUUUUUCUUGAUGACCGGUUUUUGGUGUUGCGCGCAGGCGUCGAAGGUAUUUUUCAAACCCUUUUAACAUUUUUAUUGCGAAUGGAAGCUUCGUUAUACUUCUCCGUCGCACAACCUUUUUUUCCCUUCUCGAGGAAAGAAAGAGUCCCGGUUUUUUUUUUUAUCUUCUCUUCUUUCCUAAGCGUCGAUAGUUUUGAUAGUUGGAUUCUAAUAACGGGAUCUGUUUCAAAACUUUUCGAGCCACGUAAAUCUUUUUCUUCAGCCAUUUCGCGACGAUCCCUCGAAUCUAGCAAUCAUUAUCGAAUGAUCGUCGAAGAAUCGAGAGCGGUCAAUCGAACGGCACACAUCUUUCAUGUCCACGAGAAUUCAUUCAAAGUUGAAGAAUGAGCGAUGGUGGUGACGUGUUUUAAAGCGGACCGAGAGAAAGUCAGACAGAAUUAGAAUAAGACAAAAUACUACUGCUCGUAUUCGUUUUGUAAGAGCGAAGAGGGGACUGUCGGGGAUAUAUCAAUCUUUUUCGCACACACCCGCGCGAGGUGCUUAUUCGGCGAGGGCGUGCUGCGAGGAGGGUCGCCCGAAAGUAGGUGCCGAAAGUCACGUUCUCGGUCGGCGUGACCCAUCAACGAUCAAGCGCGAAGGAGGAUAGAAGAAAGAAAAGAAGAAGAGGUAAGCGCGCAAGCGGUCACGAAGAAGUAACAGUAGCGAGUAAUGUACAUAAUCAGCUGUAACGACGCGAGAGAGUCCAUGUAAAUCGAUCGACGGUCGUAAGCCCGAACCUCAAGUUCACUGUAUAGGUGAUUUCAUAUCAGGCCCUUCCCUCAUUCCCCCCCGCCCCCCCCUUGCCCUUGUCCGUCACCCGACCCGAUAUCGUUUAACUAACUCGUAUGUAUAUACUACACCAUGUUUUGAUCUGAAUAAACUGUUUAAUUGUCCGAA